AGGUUGAGGUUGAGGUUGAUUGUGAUGAUAAUUGUGUCGACAGAACCGGAAUUGAACCAUCCAAUUGAUUUCACUUGAUUAUAAUCAUCUUAAAUUCUAAUCAUUGUUUAUAUCUUUCACUCACUAAUCCCAUCCGAUUUUAAUUAAUUUAAAUUCUUUACACUUUUCCAUUCGAUGAUCAUGACAGUGGCCCGGCGAUUAAGUGAAACAAUUGAUCUGAUUGAAGCCUUGAUUAAUGUUAUCGGUACUUUGGCCGCUAAUCUGUCUGAAGAUUUAGCUGAUAACCUUCAAAGGAAAACAAUUAACUCCUCUGGUCGUACAAUUAAAUUAAUUCAACAAGUGGUUGAACAGUUUCAAGCUCAUCUCGUGGUUAGAUUUGAUCAUUACAAGGUUAUCACUAAAUUAUCAUGACCAAGGUAAAUCUAUUAUCACUUUAAUUAACUUCCAUCACCAUCAGUUAAUCGUCAACUUUAAUUAAUUAACUGUUAAAAAAAGCGCAACUUUUUCAUUCGGUUCCCAUAGAGACUUUAAAUUUCAGCUGUGAUUUUAUUGAUGAUCAACUGAUCGGCUUGAAAUGUUGAAAUAAACAAAUUGAUCGUUAAUUUUAAUCAAUUCAAAUUUCUAUUGGUUAUGGACAAUAUGAGUAAACCAUCAUCGCUAAUCUCAUUCGUUAUCGUCAACAAUUUGCUGAUCAUCACAAAGAUUUGACUCUUAAUUUAAAUGUUUACACUUUCUUGAUUCUAUUUGAUAACUUUAAUUGUUAAACAAUGGCCCACGUUGGUGAUGUAGAAAAUCAAUUAGAUAAUAUUGAAACCGAAGAGAAGAUUGAAAAUGAAAGUGACCUGAAAGUGUUUUCUUUACGCUUUGAAAAGCAAUCAUAUCAACUUGUUGUUGGAACAACAAAUGGUUAUCGUUUAGUUAACUACUUCGAUCCAACGAAUCCCGUUAUACAGAAAGGCCUUUUGAAUGAAUCAAUCAAAUUGAUCGAGUUAAUUCCUAAAACUAUGAUUCUCACUUAUGUUACCACUGAUUCACCAAAUAAGGUUAAUUUUUAUGAAUAUCACGAAACCGAUGGAGCUUUUCUUGAAUCUAAACUUUUCAGUAAAUCGAUUUGUGCUUUAAGAGCCUCAACAUCGCGAAUCGCAAUUGCCGUCGAAAGUGGUGUUUACCUUUUUAGCAGUGAAUUGACAAAAUUUAUGCAAAAACUUCACUAUGUUAUACUUAAUGUACCAAAUCCCCAUGGAUUGAUUGAUCUCUCUGAGAACGAUUUUAAUGCUUAUCUUGGAUAUCCAUGUAGUGCCAUCAAAGGAGAGGUCGAAAUAUUUGAUUGUCGAGUGAGGAAAUCUAAGGUUAUAUUUGAAGCUCACAUCAGUCCGAUUGUUGCAAUUUCUUUUAGUCCAACUGGACGAAGUGUGGCCACUGCCAGUGAAAAGGGAACCUUAAUUAGAGUUCAUAUUGUUUUCACCGGCGAAUGUGUCUAUGAAUUUAGACGCAGUCUUACCCGAACCAUUUCCAUCAAUUCACUUGGGUUCGGCCUCGAUUCCACUUAUCUUGGUGUUACCAGUUCAUCGACAACUAUUCAUAUCUUUAAACUUGAACAACCAGUUUCUCUUGCAUCUUCGGGUUCAAGUGCGAUCAUCGAUGCAAUCACGCGAACGGCUGAAGCCUAUUUACCAACGGAAAUUUCUAAAUUGUUACACCAAGAACGAGCUUUCGCCUAUGCAGCUUUACCCGUACCAGGAAUGGAUACAAUUAGCAUGAUCCAUAGAAUCAGAAAUUCUAGUCAUCUAAUUGUCGCAACGUUUGAUGGUUUCGUGUACAUUUACACUCUUGACGAUAUCAAUGGAGGUGAAUGUCGAUUAAUUAAAAACGUCGCCAUUGAAAAAGAUCUAGUGGGUGACCUUCACGAAGAAGAAUGGGUUUUGGUUGAUUAAAAUUUCGAAAAGAUAAUCUCGAUUAGUGGCAAACUAAAUUAGAAGACGGAAAUUUGACCGGAUUGUGACCAUUGACGAUACAAAGAUUGAUUUGCCACUUUUUCAGAUCGAAAAUACCAAUGUAAUUUUGUACAGAACUUUUUUUUUAAAUGUACAUAAUUUUUUUACGAAAAAAGUACCUAUCGACCUGCGAUACUAAUCGUACAAUAAACACUGAAUUAAGUCUCACAAUUAAGAAACAAUUUAAAUGAAAUAAAUGUUUUCUCACUAUU